UUGAUCGGUGACGCCAGCUCUACACACAGCUUGCCAACUAUGUCUGGGAAGCAUACUGAUCUACCAACUAUAGAUCCGUCAACAAUGUCCAGUCUUUUCGACAGUUCUUCAAAUUUUACCAUUAUUGAUUGUCGUUAUCCAUACGAAUAUCAAGGCGGUCACAUUCAAGGUGCUAUAAACACCUACACUGAGCAAAGAAUCCAAACGUUCAUGGAAAGCCGUCUUCAUUCCACAAAGAACGAUAUUUUGAUAUUCCACAGUGAAUUUUCGUUACACAGAGGACCUAAUCUAAUGAGGUUUCUUCGAAGUAUGGAUCGCAAACAAAAUAGCCACAGAUAUCCAGAGCUUAACUUUCCCGAAAUUUAUCUUUUAGACGGAGGAUACAAAGCAUUUUAUCAA